ACGACGAGAACGAGCAAUGUUGCAUAAACAAAAAACUGAUGUGAUACGCUUAUCAACGUCAACUCAAACGACGGGGGUAAUAACUAAAAAUGAAACUUAAAAUAAUAAAUUAAAAAAAAUAAACCUCGACUUGUUAUUGUACAAAAAAUUUAAGUAAAUAAAAACGUUACAAGUUACAACAACAAAAGUACCAAGUUACAAAAAAUAUAAGAAAACAUAAAAAAUCUCCACAAGCACGUUUGUUAGCCAACUUAAAAACAAAAAAAAAAAAAAACAAAAAAUGAACUACUACAAUUUUGUAACAAACUCGGGCUAAAAGGAUAACAACGAAACUGGUACUGACUGAAUUGGACUCUAUGAGUACUUUCUUAAAUAGCAGAGUGUAUACAACCACAGAACUACACACGUUUGCUGCCUCCCUUUCCUCUAAAUAUUUAUUUGUAUUAAAAUAAAGAGAUUCGACUGGCCAACAUUGAGUCAUUGUAUAUCACCACGUCGAUCUCUCGUCGUGAGUUUGUUUGCUUGUUUGUAUGAGAAGACAUAGUAGCCCAAGGAUUAAACCGGCAACGAGAACGUUGGAUUUUAUAAAGCGUCGAAUGCAAGAUGUCAAUGCAAAAAUUGACUGAUGCCACCAACACCAAUUCGGGUUAUGUCAGUUCUGAAGAAACCGAUUCACUAUUGGUCUCUAAUACACCUAAAUGUAAAUCGUCUGUUUUGCGACAAAUAAAAAUGAAUUCCGCUAAUGGACCAACAACGAACAAUAUGACUUCCACAGCAUCGACAAAGCCGACAUUGAUGCGACAGGAUCGUACCUCAACAUAUCUAACCAGCCCACAGUUGUCACAACAAACACGUUUGGGUUCGGACGAAAGUGAACGUAGUGCCCAUGUAGCUGAUGAUGAUGUUGAACAGGGUCUUCGACCAUCCACAGUGCCUGACAUAGAAGUUUAUCAAGAUGACCAAUCGGAUCACAAUCAAAAUCAAAAGCAAACAUCAACACAACAUCAUAAUCAGCAACAGAAACAGAAUCAGCAGCAGCAGCAACUAACGGCAACAUCAACGUCCUCCUCUGCGGCACAGGGUCAUCAGUUGCAACAGCAACCAACCAUAUCAAUAACGAAUUUAAAUCAUGGCUAUGAAGACAACUCGAAUUUGGGAACAUCAUAUCAGAAUCUAUCAACUAGCCCCAUAUCUCCGAGUGCCCAAACACGCUGUCGUGCCUGCAGAAACUGCAGUAGGCGUGCCUCAACUACACCCAUAUCGACAACUGGUCAAAUGGAUCGUUCAACUUCACGUGAUAGUGUUAAAAGUGCCUUUCAACAAGGAAAUCUGGGUAGUUCCCUAGUGCCAUACGGCUCAAACAAUGCCCUGCCCCUUAAUGUGCCGCCGGUAUUGGUAACGUCUUCUCCAACCAAUGGUUCUAGAAUAAUACGUCAAAGCUCCCAACCAGAAUCCAGUACUCUGGCCAUAUGUUGUGGUGCUCACACCUCCUGUGGUCAUUCCCACACCGUGCCUAAUGUUUCCCUUAAACAACUGCGUACCGAACCGAGUCAAAGUGAUGGUAUAGCGGGCAUAGCUGCUGAUUCUUUAAGAAUUAAUGGUGGCAUGAGACCUUUUAAGCAGGGUGUACUACUAAUGCCCCGUACAUUGUCCGAAAGCCGAAAAUUGCGACUUCGAAGAGCUUUUACUGAGGCCACUAAUGAAACACUGCAAUGCUCGAAAAUGGUAUUUAAAAUUGAAUUGAAAUUCUUUUUCCCCCCAAAAAAAUAAUAAAACAUUAUAAAGUAUUAAAUAUUGUUUGAACCUUGCAUUUGCAUUUAUUGUCACCAAAAAACAAAAAAAAAAAAAAAAAUAAUGAAUCCAAAAAAGACCCCUGUUUUUCUCUUUCUUGCUGUACUAUGAAUUGAGAAACUUGCAUUUCCAAAAAUUUCUCACCAACUGCACCAGUUAUAAAGUAGAAUUAUUGUUUGAAAUAAUUUUUUACUUUUCUUUCUAUUUUUUGUUAUUUUGAGUUUUAUUUCGAAUUUAUUAUCCUGCAUAAAAUACAAUUGUUUUACUACUGCUCCCACUUGUGUUACAAUUGCAAAAAAUUGCACUUGCAAGUAUGAAUGUACGCCUGACUGCCUUGUCAAUAUUAACCCCUUUGAAUUAUUUCACAAUAUAUCUAAGUUUGUGCCCCCACCAGCCCCCCUUUAAACCUUUUCCGUUAUAAAAGUAAUGCUUUUAAUAUUUAUUUUUGUAUUUUUUUGGUAUGAAGAGAAAAAAUUUAAAAGUUUCAAAAAUAAAACUAUUGUACUAGUAUGUAGUACUACAUGUUGUAUAUACUAUUGUAUAGUAAGUUCUGCAGU